AUGUAAACAACAUGUCACAAAAUCUAUGACUCAUUGACUAACCUCAUUCCUUGUGUCGUUUCACGCUUGUAAAUUACAAGGUGCUGCUAGUAAAAUCUCUUCCAUAUUCUUCACAACUAAAUUUGAAAAAAUCAUUUUUGAAGGCAAUCAUGCAAAUUCCACCAGUUUUUAUAGACGUUACCCUGGAGGAUCAGGCCUUAGAACUUAGAUCCUACUUCAAGGGAUUGGGUGCAGAAAUAUCCGAAGAGAAGUCAGCAAAAGGUAUUGAAGAUGAUCUUCAUAAAAUUAUAGGAGUAUGUGAAGCUUGUUUCAAAGAGGGAAAUGAAAAUGAAGUGGAAAUGAUACUCAAUGAUAUUGUUUCCAUUAUGGUUUUGAUACCUUUAGAUAGAUGUGAAAGUAUUAUCAUGGCUUUCUGCGAGAAAUUGAGCAAAGCUCCAGGGCAAAAACUUGGCAUGAGUUGUUUGAGAGUGCUAUGGCUCCUCUUUCAAUCUUUAGAUGAAAAUUCUCCAAUUCGUUAUAAUGUCUAUUAUCAUAUUCUCCUGAUUGCUAAAGAGACUGACCAGGUUAAGUCUGUUUUUGAAGACAUUGUUCACUUAAAACAGCUAUUCAGUCAAUGUCCUCCUUCCAAUGAACAAUUGCAAAAGCUCUACAGACUUUUGCAUGAAGUUCUUUUGAAAAGUAAUGAGAGUGAACAAGCUGCCAAAGUAAUGAUUGAACUUUUGAAAACGUACACUGAUAAAAAUGCCUCACAUGCCAGAGAGGAUGCUAUCCAGUGUAUUGUUUCUGCUUUAGCAGAUCCAAAAACAUUCCUUUUAGAUCCUUUGCUGUCCUUACAGCCUGUCAAGUUUCUGGAAGGAGAAUUGAUUCAUGAUCUUCUGAACAUAUUUGUUGGUGAAAAUUUAGCUGCUUAUCUAAAGUUUUACAACGAACACAAAGAAUUUGUCACCUCUCAAGGAUUAAAUCAUGAGCAAAAUCUACAAAAAAUGCGCCUAUUGUCUUUUAUGCAGUUGGCAGAAAGUACACCUGAAUUAAGCUUUGAUCUAAUUGAAAAGGAACUUCAAUUGAAACCUGAAGAAGUAGAAGGAUUUAUUAUUGAAGUCUUAAAAACAAAACUUGUAAGGGCACGAAUGAACCAAGCUGCUCGUUCCGUAUAUGUUACAAGUACUAUGCAUAGAACCUUUGGAAGAGCCCAAUGGCAACAAUUGAGGGAUUUACUUUAUUCUUGGAAGUCCAAUCUUGGUGCUGUUCAAGAUGGUAUGAAACAUGUUACACAAACACAACUUGAAUUGAUAAGUCAAACCCAAUAAAGGACAUUUUUGAAAUA